CACGAGGCGAAAGUUGGGAAGGCCCGUCAAGGUUCCUCAAAGCGUGGGGCAAAGUCCCCUCAAGGCUCAGAUCUCAGGCCGCUGAUAAUUCAACAUGUCUGCGGCAAGGGCACUGAGGUCCGGCACCCUGGACGCAAUGCCAGGGCAAUGUGCGCGGCCGCAAAUGAUAGACGAUACCUCCGUCCCAAGUCAACGCUGUCAGAAUGGUGCAGCAUGUGUCAGAGACUUUCUAGGCGCAUCACAAGGAUCAGGGAAGCAUCUGAGGAUGCGGAAGAUGCGUGUGCCAGGAUUAGGUUCCAGUGAGCAGUUCCCAAUGCAAUUGGCAUCAGGAGUAGGUAGAAGGAACUUAAAUGUGAGAAUACGAGCGUCCUCUAGCGACUCCAAUGUUGAGCCACCAGCCUGGGAGUUGAAGCCUGAAGUGCCAAAGGAGUACUGGUUUGCAGUGACGGAAGCAAACAAGAUGCUAUUACAUGGGCCACAGCUAGAGACGGUGCUGAGGGACGCGGUUGAAAGGGCAGAAAGGAGUAACCUUCCACGGAACACGUGGCUCAUCUUUGAACCAACAUUUCUGGAGGAGCACCCUGGGUUGAAAGGCGUCAAGAAGGACAUGAAGGGCCAGGUGGCGGCCAUCGUGAGCACCAAUCAAGAUUGGAUGAUCCAGAUCGUCAAGCCGAUGCUGCCCGGGGUUGUCAUCGGUAAAUUUCUUUUCCCGUCCAAGUACAUCAAAGACCCACUUGCGUCCGCCAUCAAAGCAUCUCCAAACGUUCCGUCUGGAGCCGGAAUUUGGCACUAGAAACUUUGGAAAAGCAGAGCCUGAAUCGACUCCGCUGUCGACCAGCCAACUCACCCACAUGAUAAGUGUCCAUCUUGAACGCUCCCGUGCAACAGAUCAGGACAACCGUGUCAGAUGUAACCUAAAAGCAGCUGCGAUGAGGGAAGGAUCUGGCGCAAGGGCCAGAUUGCUCUCGUGAAUGUGACUUGCUUGGAGCCAACAUGGAGGGCCGGCUUGCGCGAACGGAGCGUUUUUUGUGUUUAUAGUAAUCAUCAGGCUUGCAAGUCGUGCAUGACUGGGGUAUACAGGCUAUGAUCGUGAUGCGCAACACUACUGUCCGAUUCGUUCUAGAC